CACAACCGGCGUUAUGAAAGAAUUCUACCCCGUGUAUAUAUUUUCCUACAUAAAUUUUCCUAUGCUCAGAUUCAAAAGUAACUGACCGAAUAAUUUUCGGCUAGCAAUCCAGUUACUGUAAAUAAUAAAAUGAUCUAAAUGAUGACGUAAUGAUGCAAGUGACUCAUCGUCGGACCCAGGUUUUCUAGUGAGCCAAAGUCUUCGAACAUGGCGUCUCAGUUUGGCAGAGUUUGUUCGAUGUUGGUGGCAUCUUCAAGGUUUUGUUCCCUGAUGAAUCCAAGAACCACGUCCGUAUUUGUUCCUAAGAAUUUAUGUCUUCGAAUGGCCGGGACAUCCUCUUCAAAUGCGAAGGCGAAGCGAGAAAUGUGAGUACUUGUACAAAGUCAUGCAAUUUGUCCGCACAGUCAAAUUUUUUAGAUUUGUUACGCAAUGCGUGGUCGUUUUUAAUACACGGACGAUCUAAGCUCAUAUCCUCAGUAUUUUUGGUGCUAGUUAAUGUAGCUUCAACACUGUUUUAAAAUGACUUUCUCAAAAGAGAUGACAUGUCGGAGAGUAGUAAAUACAGUAGAGAUGCCAACUUCUGCGAAUCUCAAAGCUGGAGAUUUUUCUCUUUUGUAACUACCCCUCCUCGAUCAAACUCACCUUACCCUCCCGGGCAAAGUGACCCACCCUACCCCUUUUAUCCAGCCAUGCCCCUUCCAGGUCCGGUCCCAAAUCAUUUUUUUCAUGAACUUUAAUCAAAUUUAAUAUACCGUAAAUCUUCUAUUAAGCCCCCCCGGGAGCUUAUUUUUUAGCUUAAUUGGGAGGGGGCGGGGGGAGGGGUUAUUUAAUUUUGGACAGAUGAUGGUUCACCAUAGAGAACUACGAUGCAAAGUGGAAAAGCUCAAGUACAAGGAGUUGGAGGUCGUGUAGUGACUAAUGACCUGACCUAAACUGAGAAGCAGUGUUAAAACCUAUCAGCCCCUGUAAAGCUAUAUAAGCACUCGUGAUAAUCUUGUGUAAAGGACUGCUGGCUGGCAUUGUUUCAAGUUCAACUUAAGGGGGCCGUCUGGUUAAAAGCAUUGUUUUUUGUUUAUUUCCGCCCCUUUUCUUAAAAUCCAAGAUUUCAUGCAAUCAACAGAUGACUCCAUUAAGUUGUAGUCCUUGGUUCAUUAAUUUUUUGAGAAUUUUGGGAUGAUUUUCAAAUGUUUAUAUUGUAUAAAAAAAUGGAGGAUGAUAUGUUUAAAAUUUGUGAAACUGCAAAAAAUAUUGGUUUGGGGGGUUGUUAAAAUUUUAAAUAGGAAGUGAGUAAUUAAUAGACAAAUAUCAGAUAGUCCACCACUACAACAAGGUGCCUCUGAGCCCAUAUUUAAGCAGACUCACUGGUUUAUGUAUUCACCUUCUCUACCCUAAUUUAUUUCGUUUUCCAAAUUAGUAUUAUUCCCCCACCCCCUCCCCCCCAAAAAACAACAACAACCAGAAUGCCCCCUUAACCUAAUUUCAUUUAGCUGCAUCAAAUGGAACGAUGGUUAAAUUGUAUAUAGCUGUAAUGACAAUCAAAUUGCUAUUAGUCACUGGAAGAUGCAUCAAAAUUAAUACCGUAACAAAAAACUGGGAGACUUAAUCUAGUGGGGUCUUGGAAAAGCUGGGAUAAAAUAAUUAGCCUAUGACACAGAAAAACUCAAAAGUUUAUUUUAUCUGGGAGAUUAUGUGAUCUGGACAGGAGACCACGAGAUUUGCCUGCUAUUGGGAGACCCUACUCCUGCAUAAUACGGGAGGGUUAGCAUUUACCAAAAAAAAGUUUUUUUGUUAAGUUUUUUCUUUCUCCUUUAUUAGAAGUGAAAGGUUCAAGGGUCAUAUAUAAAUAUGGGAUCAAUUUAGGUUUCCUGGGAAGCUGGCCGCUGACCCCUCCCCUAAGCCAUCAUUUUGCCCCAAGUGAGAAAUAGGGGUUAAUGUCAGCUUAGGGGAGGGGUAGGUGGGCAGUUUCCCAGAAUCCUGAGAACAACAGCUGUUACUGUCAUGCAGUUUUGUUAGAAAUCCUUCCACUUAGUGCGUAUAAUCUGAAAUACGUGUGCAAAUUAUUUUUUCCUGUUACAUUUUAGGGUCUCAAUUAAAUUUAUUGAUCGCGAUGGAGAUGAAAUAACAGUUAAUGCAAAAGUUGGAGAUACCCUACUGGAUGUAGCAAAAGACAAUGAUGUUGAUUUAGAAGGUAUUUUUCAAAUUACAACUGAAAGGAAAUGGAUAACAGUUUACUUUACUCACACAUUUUGUCCUUCAUUUUUUUACUGCAAAAAAUGAAUUUUCAUCAGCAGGAAAAUAAUCAAUUUUAUUCUUUUAACAUUGAGACAAGCUAUGAAAAGAGCCAUUUAGUUUUAUAGCAACACAUUUCAGUAUAUCAAUGAAUUGUUCACUAAUGAACUGCAACCAAAAGGACACUUCCACAUCAUCAGCAUUACUGUAAUGUGUAAGAUUAUGACUCGAAAAUAAAAAAAACGUGAAUCCCUUAUAUUAAGUUCAUUAGUGUAAGUGGUAGAAACAUUUUGCUGUGGAAGCAACCAUCUUAAUUUGUGACAUGGUCAGACUCAGUACAGGAUUUUUGCAUCAAAUGGAACAUUCACUAGAGAUAAUUUAUAAGCUGUUAAACCCAAACAACACUCUUCAGUGUAAAUGAACAGUUAUUCUCCUUGAGUUCAUUUUUGUUUGUACCCUGUAAAUUUACAUGUAGUCUGCUCGCAGGAUAUUUUAUACUUUAGGGCAAUGCUCAAGCUAAACAGUCACCUCUAUAUUAUCCUUAAAAAUUCUAAAAUUUUGUCUUAAAUUAUUUUCUCCAAUUACUACACAUCCAUUUAUGACUAAAAUUUUGAUGUUAAUAAAAAAUUUCUUUCCUGGCAAUAAAGGUUUGCAGUUGUUAACUAUUUAACACUUACAUUGAACAUCUGAUCAAACAAAUAAUGGAAAAAAUUCUGGUAAGCUGUGUGGCACUUUAAAAAGUACGUCAACGAUGCUCUUGUUCAUUGGAUUAGGCUCUCCUGGGAAAAUGUUCAACAGAAGUGCCUGAAGAUGCGCCUGAUUUUUCAACUUGGCACAAGUCAUCCACACAGAUUAACUUCCGGCUUUGUUUUCCUCUAGGCCAUGCACUGAGCUGCAUGUGCCCUUCAAAGUUUUAAUUUUUUUUAUUUCAUAGCUUAUACAAACCUUGCACCAGUUCUAAUGUGUACUUGUAAUUCCACUGAUGAAGGGCCAGGCCCAGAACAUUUGGAAAACAACUCCAUAUAAAAUACAGCACUUUUGCUCAUACUUUACUUUCAAAGACCAACUGUGGCUUGUGUUCCUGGCACACUAUGAAAACACCUAAUGCAGAUAAUAACUCUUGCCUUCUCCCAAGGCAAUAUAACAUUCUUUUUAACAAAAAUUCUCAAUGAGUUCUUUCUUGAUUUUUAUUCUUUUGUAAUUUUAUCCUAUUGUAUUUUUAUCACACUAUAAUAUAUUUUGGAAUUUUUUUAUUUUCAAAUCAUUUUGCCUAUUGACGACUGUAGUCCAGGCGGUUAAAAGCUUGCAUUUUUAACAUGUUAAGCCUGAGAACGUUUUUUUGCAUUUUAAUGUGAUCAAUCCUGUCUGCGGCCUCGCUAUCUGUAAUUCUUGCCUGGCUGGUCAAAAAAAGUUCAUAUUAUUAAACCUCUUUAAUAUUUUUCAGAGGUGUCUGAUAACUUAAUUUGUUAUAAUAUAUUUAGGUGCUUGCGAAGGUACUUUGUCUUGUUCCACUUGUCAUCUGAUAUUUAAACCUGAUGAAAUGGAGGCAUUAAAUCUGGAUGAACCUUCAGAUGAAGAGCUUGAUAUGUUGGACCUGGCUUAUGGAUUGGAAGAUACGUAAGUGGCCAGCUUCCUAAUAGUUUGUUUUUAGGGGAUCAAGACUUGCUACAAGUCGACCUCUUAUAAGUUCUUAACCCUUUAAGUCCCAAUAGUGACCAAGAUCAAUUUUCUCUGAACAAUAUCCAUACACUGUCAACAGAUAAGUUAUGAGAAUUAAUAAAAUGAUCACCCGAGAGAAAAUGCCUUGAUCUAUCAUCAAAUUCUCGUAACUAAUUCUUUAAGGAAAUGUAUGGAGAUAAGUUUGGACAAUUUGUAUGUGGAUACCGGGGCUUAAAGGGUUAAAAGUGAGCGAAGCGAGCUUCAAUGCAUGAGGUUGCUCAGUGACCAAGUGAGCGAUGAAGUCUCAUGGUCAACUUGUUUCACCUGGAUUUGAAUCAUAUUACAAAUUAACGCAGGAAAAAAAUGAUUGGCAUAUGCUAUGUCGGGAGCGGCAUGAAAUAUCAUUCACUGUCCUAUUGGCCAAUUGUCAUGAUGUCACCACAACAGGUGAAUUUCGCACCAAACAGGUAUGAAAAGUCCAUUAAAAUGGCACAACCAACCAGGAAAAAAACAAAUAAAGGACUUUUAGAAAGUCUAUAGGAGAUCCUGAUGCAAAAUAAAGCAUGGAUUUUUCAGUUUUCUUGGAAGUGAAAGGAUUAACCCACUCACUAUCCUUCUGGAACUUAUAUAUGGCUAAAAGUUUUCUUUCAUAUGAAGUCGCUGAAAUACUCUUGGCUUGAAAUCAGUAAAGGCCUCCCAGUGGUUUGGGGGAACAAGUGGAACAUGAACCCUUGGUUGGUUCUUAUUUCUACAAUAAUCACUGAAUUUCUUUUUCCAUUUUUUUAACAGUUCUCGUCUCGGAUGUCAGAUAUGUGUUACUAAAGACUUUAAAGGGAUAACAUUAAGAAUACCAAAAGCCCAAAGGGAUGUGCGAGACCUCUGACAGAUAUUACAACAGUUCAUUAAUAUUUGUCCCCUUAUGCUUUAAUAUAAAUUAUUCACUUUUACUGUGUAAGCUCAUUAAUAGUUCAAUCCACCGUGAAAGAUGUUUGGAUAUAUGAUUGUAAAUACCAUAAAAUGUUGCGAACUUCAGUUUUAAAUUUCUUCACAAAUUAUUGGUCGUUAGAGAAGCUACAUCUAGCUUUUUAAAGAAAAGUUACCCAAGACCCACAAAUGUUUUCGUGAUCUCUAAGACUACUUUUUUGUUUUGUUUAUGUAACCAAAAAAUUUAUUCCCAUUUUGUGGGUCCAUAACAAUAUUUUUCAUACAAAUCGUACACAGUCCUUCCCUUGUAGUCAUAGAGUUUUGCAAUCUUUGUUUCAAACCUCAUUUUAGAAUACGUGGUAUAACUGCCUAGUCUCACGAAUGCAUAUCACAAAUAGGGUAGUCACAGGGACAUGUUAUAUUACAGAAAUCAGAUUGAACUCCAUCAAUAAACGUUUGUUGCUUUUGGUCAGAUAGAUAGGACCGGGACCAGUUAAGAGAUUGAGAACUGACUCCAUAGAGUUUAAGCUUUCCCAGUAGGAUAGCAUGAUCCAUGGUAUCAAAAGCUUUUUUCAAGUCCAGGAAUAUCACACCAUUUAAGAGAUUGUUGUCAAUAUUCCAUAGCCAUUCAUUUGUAGCCUCAAGUAAAGCUGUUUCAGUGGAAAACAUAGGUCUGAAGCCAGAUUGUGAUUCAGUUAACAACUUAUUAUUAUUUAAAUAUUCAUAUAAUUGGUUGAAAACAACUCUUUCAAUUAAUUUACUUACUACAGGCAGAACUGAGAUAGGUCUGUAGUUGUUAGGAUCUGUCUUAAGGUCCUGUGACUUCUCUUAUUUACUAUUUAUAUUAAUGAUCUCCCUUCAUGUAAAUAUUUGUUUUCAAAACCCAGAAUGUAUGCAGAUGAUACUACCCUUACGACGUCUGCAGAAGACCCAUGUGUCCUUGAACAUAAAAUGAAUUAUGAUAUGAAUUUAAUUUAGUCAUGGCUGUCAGCAAACAAAUUAACUUUAAAUGUUAAGAAGACUAAAUACAUGCUUAUAGGGAGCCAGUUUAAGUUAUCCCAAAUAAAUAGUGACUUUGCAGUCAAAGUCAAUAAUACACCCUUAGAAAGAGUAAUUAAACAUAAAUCCCUUGGAGUUCAAAUUGAUGAAUCUUUGAACUGGCACCCACACAUUAAUACCAUUACAAAGAAAAUAUCUGCUGGUAUUGUUAUCUUAAAGCAUGUAAGUCAUUUUCUACCAUUUGAUACUAGAGUGAAUAUGUGCAAUGCACUGGUAAUGCCAUAUUUUAAUUACUGUGGUGCUGUAUGGGGUAAUAUCAAUAAGGGACUAGCAGACAAACUUCAAAAGAUGCAGAAUAGGGCUGCUAGAAUUCUCACCUUUUCUAACUAUGACGUUCCCUCAAGUGUUUUGUUGGAUGAACUUGGCUGGGAAAGGCUAGAAUAUGUAAGACUUCAACACAAUCUUAGAAAUUCUGAGUUAAAUUAUUAUGUCCCCAGACCCAGAACUGAGUCUGCAAAAGGAAGCCUAAACUAUAGAGGAUCUGUUCUGUGGAACAAGAUUCCCUCAGAGAUUAGAAAACUGCCUAGUUUAAAUGUUUUUAAAACUUCAAUUCAUGGGAAAGAUUAUUUUAAUACACCAUGACUCAUUGUAACUCUUAUUAUUAAUAAUGUAAGUUUUUGUAUUUUUAACAUUAUAGUCAAAUAGUUCCUUAGAGUAUUUUAGUCUAGUUUUAAACAUGAUUCCUAGGAAGACCAUGUAAAGUGAUGCGAUUUCGUGUAUAAAUAAAGAUUGAUGAUGAUGAUGAUCAUCAUUGAGUGACUUAGGCCCAAAUAGACCCUUUCACGGUUGUAACGGCAUGUUGGACAAUCACGACAAGAUGACGGGG